AGUUGUCCAACCCGCGGACUCGAUCGUCAGGACGUCCCUUCUUCCCUGUGGCGAGCUGAGCUCGGUCGUCGGCGGCCCAUCUGGACUUCCUUCCCCCUGAUAUGACCGUUGCAGUCUCGUGGUCAUCGGGAGGCCUUUUUGAUGUAAAUUCGUUCCGAGCAACCCGAACACUUCUUCACCGACCGGGACGUUUGUGCUCGGAAUGGAUUUUCGCUCCACUUUGUCCGACUUCGAGGAUCCGGCUAACUCCCGAACAAGAAACGAGCGCGGUCGCUUCGACAGCUGUGCAUGUCCGACCACGGCCGAGCUCAGCAAAGCCGUGUCCGUGUCCCUGGGCUUGGACGCCUUGUCCUCGCCGCUUCACGGUGCCGUCGGCGCAUUCGCUGACUGCGACUCGGCUGUGGGUCAGAGUUCCCGGCCGGCGGCUCGAAACACGGACACGGACCCGAGAGCGGGCGAGUUCGGAGACGUGCGCCACGGAAUCCAGCAGGUGAGCUGCAUGGACCUGCUGGGCUCGGGCGAAGCUGACGGCGCCCCGGCUGCGAGCCGGGGCUCGGUGAUAUCCACGUUCGCGAGCAAGGAGACCAACUUGUUUGCAAACUCGCCCACGGAAGCGCCCUCCCAAAUGGACCGUCUCGUGGCACUCCAACCCUAUUCCACGUACUCUGGCGACCCGAACUUGUACCGAGACAUCCCGGGGAUGUUACGCGCGAAUGAGCGCUUGUACAGCGUGCCGGGUCGGGUUGAAUCAGGUGGACACCAUUUGGAGUGUAAAUAUUGUAACUGCGGGCAAGCCGGUGUCGGGCGCAUGCGGGAAUGCCGCUGCGUGUGGCAGACGAAAGAAGCCGUGAGAGCCGCUGCAACGAUGGCGCAAGGUUACGGCCAAGUGGAGCGUUACCAAAGUGAACAUUUGAACGGGCAACUCACUUAUCCACCAGUCAAGACCGAGCCCCCUGCGUGGAUGGACUGCACGGAGAGGGGCUUCAGGCCUGAAGACCUGUUUCCAGGUGUGUUCCUGUCAGACCGGCGGGUGUGUCAGGUGUGUGGGGAUGAUGCCUCAGGUUGCCACUAUGGAGCAGUCACCUGCGGCAGCUGCAAAGUAUUCUUCAAGAGGGCAGCUGCUGGUAAACAGAACCACCUGUGUGCCAGCCGGAAUGACUGCACUAUUGACAAGCUGAGGCGGAAAAACUGCGCCUCGUGUCGCUUAAAGCGGUGCUUCAUGUCAGGAAUGAGCCUCAAAGGUCGCCGGCUGAAGGGAGUCAGCCAGACGAGGAGCGGGGAAGAGGAGCAACCUCCAGCUGCCUGGGGGCAUGGAGGAGGAGGAGGAGGAGGAGGAGGAGGAAAGAGGCCAGGGAUGAGCGAUGUGAUCUUGGCGCACGAAAGUGCAGUCGCCAGAGCUGGAGCAUCCGACAGUCUGGUUGUAAGCAUCCCUCCGACUCUACGCACCUGCAUAUCCCUGCUCAAUGUGCUCCAGGCCAUUGAGCCUGCUAUCGUGAAUGCGGGGCAUGACCCUGCCGUCCCAGACAGUGCCGCCUCCCUGCUAACCAGCCUCAAUGAGCUCGGGGAGAGACAACUUGUCACAGUUGUCCGCUGGGCCAAGGCGAUUCCAGGCUUCCGCAAUUUACAUGUGGAUGAUCAGAUGACAGUUAUUCAGUUGUCCUGGAUGGGGGUGAUGGUGUUUGCUCUGGGUUGGAGGUCCUACACCCAAACCAACAGCUCCAUGCUCUACUUUGCUCCAGACCUUGUUUUCAAUGACCAGCGGAUGCAGGUAUCCAGUAUGUAUGAGCACUGUGUGCGAAUGAAGGUUCUGUCCCAACGGUUCUGCAUGCUGAAGGUCACUCAAGAGGAGUUCCUGUGCAUGAAGGCACUGGUCCUCUUCAGCAUCAUGCCAGUGGAGGGCCUGAAGAACCAGCGCUGCUUUGAUGAUCUGCGGAACUCCUACAUCAAGGAAUUGGACCGUUUGGCCAGCCACCGUGGGGAGACCACCCGGUCACAGCGGCUGUUUCAGCUCACGCAGCUGCUGGACUACCUCCAGUCGGUUGUGAGGAAGUUGCAUCAAUUCACUUAUGAGCUGUUCAUCGAAGCUCAGUCCUUGCAAACUCGUGUUAACUUCCCGGAGAUGAUCUCAGAGAUUGUCAGCGUCCAUGUGCCCAAGAUCCUCUCAGGCAUGGUCAAACCCAUCUUAUUCCAUAAUUCCACCUAGAGAGGAGCCUCUUUGAUUGUGCUAUAUGUCACUUGAGCUCUGACACACCCUCCUUUGAACAGCUGUGGUAAAAAUGUCAAGAGUUGAGAGCCUGCUGUAGCCCACUGGAUGGUGGUGGCGCACAAAGGUACCACAUCUGUAUAAAAACUGGGAAUUGAGCUCCUUCUUCCUGUCCAAUGUAAUGUACAUAGUCUGGUCUUCUUUGUGGCUGUUCUAUGUCAAGUGCAUCAAAUGCUUUUGUGGCCUACCAUAGCAACACAAUCAUUAAUUUUGAGAGGUACAUAAGUUGUCGUGAGUGAUACUGUUUGCAGAAUUAACUCAUCUGUGUACACUGCUUUAUCCACUAGCUUUUUUUCCCCCUCCCAUAUUGGAUGUUACUGUGUGCACCUUAUCUAAUUAAAAUUUAUGACUGACAUUUAUGGAUCAGCAAACAUGCUGAGAGGCUUAAAGCUUUUUAAAACAUGUCUGAAAGCAAUGUUUUGUCCAUGCAUUUGUACAAUUUUGAUGGUUAAGAAAAAACAUAAGAGGGCCACAAUGACUACUAGUUGACGAGGUAUAUUUUACAAUUGACUAGUUUUUGAAUGUAAUUAGACUUUACCUGUUGAAACUUUUCUACAAGUGUGCUUUCUUAAAGUGUUCCUUGCAAGUGCUUUUGUUGUGAAUCACCAUGUAUUCAUUGUAGCUUCUGAUUGUGAAGUAUAGGUGCUGCGGCAUAAAGAUCCAGUCAACAAUCUGUUCUUCUGUGACAACGUAAUAAAAACAGGAUCAUGAAA